GGGAUGAGGAAAAACUUGAACUGGAAAGGGCGGGGAGUGAGGCGCUGUCUCAUGGCAGUUAUCCGAUGACCUCAAGACUGAUCAAAACAACAUCCAGUACAAGAUGAGGAUAUUAGAGGAGGAGCGCCGGGAUGCUGCUGUUGAGGAGGCCAAGAGUGAAGCUUCUAAAGCCACAUCUGACGCUACAAGCUUGUGGGAAUCAGAGAAGUUCGAACUCCAAAAGUCGAAAGACGAGGCUUUAGCACGCGCUGAUGCAGCAGAUGAGUUGAUCGAAAAGCUCUCCCAGGAGGUCAAGAUUCUUCGUGAAUCCAAUGACGAAUACCAGUUCAAAAUAUCGGAUCUGCAGGCAAUCAGGAAUAGGAUGAAUUUGGAGCAUUUAACUGUCGAGGGAGCUAAGAGAAAGGCUUCUUCAGCAGCUUCUGCCGCUGCAAGGUCAUGGGAAUGCCAAAAGCUGGAACUCGAAAGAGCAAGGGAUGAGGUAAUAAUAUGUGCUAAUCUGGUGAACAAACUGCUGCUGGAAAAUGCCUUUAAAUGCGAUGAGUAUCAGGUUAAAAUAUCUGAAUUGCAAUCUGCCAGGGACAGGGACGCUGCUAUUAUUGAGAAGGCCGGUAUCAUCAGUGCCUCGCCGACCACUGAAGGACCCUCGAAACUGCACAUGCACGCCCAGGUGACUGCAGCAUCCCUCAAACCAGCAGCCGACGCUACACCCAUGGCUGUCAAACGGAGGCUUCUGCUGUUGCUGCUUCCCGAGAAGUUAAUGCAUUUGACAAUUGCACUGCCGCUAGCGGCGCUGUGGGAGAUUCAAUCACUCAAAAUGCAGCUUCUGGUAGGGGCAGUGGUGCCCAGUAUACACCUUUGUCUAGCACAGGGUCUAUCAUUGGUGUCGUGGAGGACCGAGUAGAUGAGUUAUUCACAGUGGCUGAGGAUGGUUCUAAGACGAAGCUACUCGAGCCUGCACCAGAGGGUCAGAUUUACACUCGAAGUAGUACAUGGAAGUUCAGGCGUACUGGAAAAAUCUACGACUAGCUUACCAGCCUUUUUGUCGCUAUUUUCGAAAGUACUAUCUUUCAAAGGCCCAGUCCAUCCUCUGA